AUGCCUGCAGCCCCUCCUCCCCAGCUCGGUCUCAGCAUCACCAACCCGCUGGUCCUCUACCGCACGCUGGUGGCCACCAAGAAGAUCAAGCCGGACCCGGCCCAGCACCGCCUCGCGCUGCAGCUGCAGAAACUGUACUUUCGCCUGAAGGACUACGCGCCGGAGAUCGAGUACCGGUAUCGGCUGGAGAGAAUCGGGCGGAAUGUGCAGAGGAGGUCCGUGUCGGCAUCCACCACCGAGACGAAAGGGAGGGCGAGGCGGGAUGGCACCCAGCAGCAGAGGGGAGGGACGGCUGAGAAGGACGACCCAGCAGACGGCGACAACGACGACGGGGCGAAGGGAGCGAGAGGACCAGGACUAUUCUCCUCGCUCUUGUCCCUUAGAUCCUCGCUCCCAUCCACCACGCUGGCGUUGACCCGGACCACGCAACUUCACCAUUCCGCCCUCUCGAUCGAUUCCCCGAUGGGCAUGCUUCUCUACGGCGAGGUGGGCCGGGGCAAAUCCAUGCUGCUGGACCUGCUGUACCAGACCCUUCCGUCGCGCCAGAAACGUCGCUGGCACUUCAACACGUUCAUGCUCGACGUGUUCCGGCGCAUUGAAGUGGCGAGGAUCGAGAGACUCGAGGCCAUCCGCCCUUCAUCGACAACACGAAGCCUCUUCUCCGGCCGCGACGACGUCGUCUCCGACCACGAACACGUCAUGCUGAGCCUGGCCAAGGACACGGUGUGCGACUCGCCCAUCUUGUUCCUGGACGAGUUCCAGAUGCCCGACCGCGCGGCGUCCAAGCUGGUCAACGGCUUCUUCACCGCCUUCUUCCACCUGGGCGGCGUCCUGGUCGCCAGCUCCAACCGCAUGCCCGAGGAGCUGAGCAAGGCCGCGGGCAUCGAGUUUGGCGACCUGCGCAGGAGGACGAACGAUGCCGGACGGGGGGGCGGCGGCGGUGGUGGUCCAGUGGUGGGGGGAUUCUUCGGUCUGGGAUGGGGCAUGAGUCGCGAGAGCGAGGGGGAGCGCGCCGCGAAGACGGAUUUCGGCUUGUUUCUCGACGUGCUGCGCGCGAGGUGCGAGGUCUGGGAGAUGGAAGGGGAGAAGGACUGGCGACGGGAAGGGGACGAUGAUGAUCUGACUGUGCACGAGGCCCCCUUGGAUCCAGAAUCGUCGCAGGAGGUCGACAGCCUCGACGACAUGGAUAACAACAACAACGACGCAAACCCCGAUGCCUCUCUCGCCUCGAGACGCACCUCCAUCUCCAGCAUAACUUCGCUGACAGAAUCGACGACGACCCUGUCAUCCGACACACCAGCACAUUACCACAUUACGCUGCCCUCCUCCUCUUCCUCUUCAGAGUCUGACGCAUCCUUCGAGACAGACCUACAUCUCCUCAACCCUUCAUCGACGUGGACGCCCACCACGCUGACCAUCUACGGCCGCCGCCUCGACCUCCCCUCCACCCACAGGGGCGUGCUCAAAUCCACCUUCGCGGCCCUCUGCGCCACCUAUCUGGGGCCGGCCGACUACGUGUCGCUGUGCAGCACGUUCCACACGCUCGUCCUCACCGACGUGCCCGUGCUGACGCUGGCGCAGAAGAACGAGGCCCGCCGCUUCAUCACCCUGCUCGACGCCCUGUACGAGGCCCGGUGUCGGCUGCUGAUCCGCGCCGCUGCACCGCCGGAUAAACUGUUCUUCCCGGAGACGAGGGUUCGAAGAGCCGGGACGAUGAGAGCGCCCGCUGCUUCUUCUUCUUCUUCUUCUGCCGCUCCGCCUCACGGUGACAGUGACGACGAUAGGCUGUUGGACAGCAGCAGCGAGGCGUCCAUCACGUCCGAGUCCUUCUCCGAGAUGUACCAGGACUCGACGGCGCCGUUCCGGCCCAACAUCUCGUCCUACACCGCGGCCAACACGCACUCGUCGACACCGGCCCCCUCGUUCAGCACGCCGUCCCUGCACAAUCCCCGCGUUGUGCGCAGCGUGCUCGCAGACGAGGACGCCGACUUUGGUCCCACGUACGGCAACGGCCGGGGCCACGGGGUGUCGGACUCAGCCCCCGCUCGCUGGAACGUUGGGGCCCCCGCCGCCGCCGCCGCGCCCGACUUCACCAGCACGUCCGUCCUGACCGGCGAGGACGAGCGGUUCGCGUACAAGCGUGCGCGCAGCCGGCUGUGGGAGAUGUGCGGGCGCCGGUGGUGGGCGGAGAGACUCCCCGUCGCGCGCCGAGGGUAUGGUGUUGGCGUUGGUGGUGAUUGUGAUCCUGGUGAGAAUGGUGCGCGAGGAGUGGUCGAUACAGCAGCAGCAGAAGAAGACGACGAACAAGCUGUGUCUGCAUGGUGGCGUCCCGUCCACAGAUCCGGCCGCUUCUGGGAGCCGGGCGCCGCCGUGUCGUCAAACGACGGUACGGACACGGGCACGACACAGCCGUCGUCAGGGACAACGACCACAACUGCAAGGGGAAACCAGAAAAGACAAGACUCUACGCCAUCACUCACCCCUGGGCCUGGCACUGAUUCAGCCUCGAGAGCAAAGACCAUCGUCCCCACGGGCCCGGCAGACGCAGACGCAGACGCAGACCCCAAACGCGCCGCCAUGUUCCGGCACGACGCCUCGCCGUACCGCACGCACGCGGACCCGCCGCCCAAAUUUGGCUGGCAGCACGCGUGGGGCAUGAUGCGGUGGGGGAAGAAGGCCGGGGGAAUGGGGCAAGGGCGUCGACGGGGCCAGGAGGAGGAAGGGGGGGAGGGGCCGAGAGCACGGCGCCGCUGA